CCACUACGUCUUGGCGGGCACUGACGUCUACAGUCAGGCUAUGACUCAAUGAGUGAAUGAGUUGUCAAACAAAUAAACAAACAGUGAAUCCAUUGCACAACACAUCCAACACAUCCACGACGUGUACAACAAAUGGCGCGGUAUUUCAGUGGCGAAGACAUCGAUGAGUUCAGGGACUGCUUCUAUCUGAUCACUCACUCCAACGGAUCCAUCACUUCGUUGGAUGAGCUGAAGACAAUCAUGAGGUCGUUGGCAAUGAGUCCAACGCAAGCAGAACUCAAGCAAUACUUCCAACAGAAAGGAGGGAAACUGUCUUUCGCUGACUUUCUGGAUGUAAUGCAUUCCCAUUCAGUCAAAGAGAAGGUCUCGCAGGAAGUGAUGGACGCCUUUCGGGCCUCCGAUUGGAAUCGAAGCGGAACUAUA